GCCUAUAAAUUAAGUGGUAAGCAGCUCGCAGAUUUAAUUAUUUUCGUCUAAUCAAGUCGGUCAUUAUAACAGUGCAAUGGGCAAAGUUAAUAUUUUCAUCACUUUACUUGUGAUUCAAUUAAUUGUUGGAUUCAGUGAUGCGGCUUUACGUAUAGAUAACGAAUCUGAAUUGAGAGAAGCUCAAGCGGCUCUUUUCAAUUUAAACUCCGAAACUGGAUGGCUGUUGUUAAAUUACGUCGACGAUAACACUGUCCAUAUGGUAGCAGGAGGAGAGGGUACUGCGGAAGACUUAGUUGCUCAACUUGAAUAUGACCAAGUUCAGUACGCGAUUAUACGUGUACCAACAAGUGGUGGAAAUCACCGUGAUGUUUUCAUUGAUUGGAUCGGACCUGAAGUGGGCCUCGCUGAAAGAACGGCAAAGGCGCUAAACCGCGGUAAUGCGGAAGAUAUGCUUCGACCAUUUGACAGUUCGAUCACAGCGUUGAACAGUGAACGAUUAACUGAUGAGAAUAUAGUCACUUAUUCCAAUCCACUUUCUCUCGUACGUGUAAUCGCUUAAAAAGUUACGAAAUAUUGAAUGAAUCGAUGUAACAGAACAGAAAUAAAAUCUUGCAUCAAAUGAAA